AUGAGACCAAUUAACUUCCUUUAUACAAUUAGGCAUUCCUAUCACUCUACAACGGAAAGCGUUGAAUCGGCUUCGAUAAGGCCACCCAUCAUGGCCUUCUCAGCGUUGACCAGCAACGCCCUGGCGGUUCGUGUUCCCCCUGGACUGGAGAACAUCCAACGGGUGACCGGCUUCGAUUUCAUGAGCCUGGCGAACCUGGCUUUCAUCUUCGCGGGCAGCUGGACGUUCCUGCGUUAUCUGUCAACUUCCACCUUCAACCACUUUCUCCAAUACUUCUCCACGAGCGUCCGGGUCGACGGCGACGACCCCCUCUAUCACCACCUUCUGCGAUGGACGAUGGACCACCACCCGCCCAAUCCCCGAUUCUGUUCCCUCCGCGCCGUCAGCAAGACCAACGACUCUUGGGCCCACGAGGAAGAGAACCCUUUGUCCGACAACGAAGAUGGCCUGUCCGCGAUGUCAAGCCUCCCGUCCCUGUCUGGGCCCAGUCAUUUCGUCAACUAUCGAUCCAUCGUCGAUCAGCCGCCCAUCCACCUGGAGCCUCUCCAAGGCAUGCACCUCUUUCGCCAUCAGGGUAAAUUUAUCCUCUUUCGCCAUCGCAUCAUGCGCGAAAAUCAAUUCCUGAUGAGGGAGCGCGGCUACAUACACCUUCAAUGUCUUGGCGCAUCCCCGGAUGUCUUGCAGGCCCUGCUCCAGAAGGCACAGUCGUACAACCUGGAAAAGUCCCGGUCCGCGAGGAUGACCGAUGUUUACCGACUCUCUUGCGACGGCCCUGAACCCAUGUGCAGCAGAUGGUCAAGGGUUAGCACCAGCCCGUCCCGCCACAUAUCCACCGUAAUCCUUGAUAGAAAGAAGAAGGACGAGUUGCUCCGCGACAUCAAUGAGUAUCUGCACCCACGCACACGCCAGUGGUACUCAGACCACGGCAUCCCUUACCGACGAGGAUACCUGUUUUCGGGGCCCCCGGGAAUGGGGAAGACCAGUCUCGCAUCGGCCCUCGCUGGCUUUUUUGGGCUGAAUAUCUACGUGUUGAGCCUGCUCAACUCGCGUAUCACGGACGCGCACCUCAUGCAGGGGAUGUCCAAACUCCCAUCGCACUGUAUCGUCCUGCUGGAAGAUGUGGACGCCGCCGGACUGGGCCGGCGCAAUCUGGAGGAUUCUUCUUCUCCCGCAGAGCCCUCUCCCAGGACGCCGUCUCCCAUGGCGCCGCUUCCCACAGCGCCGCAUUCUACAGGGUCGGUCGGCCUCAGGUCGAUCUCGGCGGUGCCGAUGUUGGGAACCCGGAAUUCGCCCAAGAACGCCCAGGAGCCCGCCGACUCUAUCUCCUUGUCUGGUCUCCUUAAUGCCAUCGACGGAGUCUCUUCACCAGAAGGAAGAAUUCUAAUCAUGACCACCAACUCCCCGGAAACCCUGGACCCCGCGCUGAUUCGACCAGGCCGUGUCGACAUGCACGUUGACUUUGAACUCCCCUCACGGGAUCAAAUGCACGCCUUGUUCGUCAGUAUGUAUAGCGACGUGGCAACGGACGGAUCUGAGCCGGACGAGGCAGGGACAAGUCUCGAUGCGAUGGCGGAACAAUUCUCUUCCUCUAUCCCCGAAAGGUCGAUAAGUCUGGCGGAGCUGCAGGGUUACCUGCUGCGGUACAAGCACUGCCCCGAAGAUGCGUGUGAGGACGUGGCGGCGUGGGUGGAAAAGAACUAUGUACCCUUAUCUUAG